AUCAAUUUAUUCGUAAUAAAAAAUAUAGGCAAAUUUUUUCCUUAAUUUAAGUAAAAAGAAGAAGAAGGAAAAGUAUAGAAAUUUGUGAGGAAAGCAUCAAAAAAGACGAAAGAAUAAUAAGUAUUGGAUUGAAAAGCAAGGGAAAUUAAAUAAAAUAAAAAAGAGGUCGUUUGUGGCUCUGCUUUAUUAUUCGGUGUGCGCACAUAUACGAAGGCAGUCGUUGAGACCUUAUUGUUAUAACCCAAUCAGCAAAAAGGCAAAGAGUCGAUGAACAGAGGAAACGAGGAAUAAGAAGACCAAACGAAGAGCAGCACAAAAGCGAAUACUUGAAACAUAUAUAAGUAAAUAUACACAUUGCCGUAUACCCAGCAGUGUGGGUAAACAACGGAGCAUUUGUGUUGUGCUCUUUUUCACUUCUAACUUUCAUAUCAUAUAAUGUGUGAAUGUAAGUGCUGUCAUUUUGUAAAUGCAGCCACAAACAAAACAACAACAAAAGCAUCAAAUGAUAUUGCACCAACAACAACGACAGAAGUUAAAGUUAAUAAAAAAGCAAAACAAGCAGCGAGGGAAGAGUGCAAAUGUCAAGCAAAUUUCUACAUUAAGUUUAGAAAACAAAAAAACCAACAACAACAACUGUAACAGUCUCACAAAACCAACGGAAACGGCAGUGGAUAUAAACAAAAUGCAAUGCCUCGAUACAGAAUUAACAAUAAAUAAUUCCACAAACCAUCAAUCACUUUCCGUUCCGUUAACAAGAAGAAUAAUCCCAUCACAUAUAAAUCUCCAUGUAAAUAAAAAUGCUAAUGAUUUGGAAAUAACGCCAGAAAUGGAUCAAGACCUACAUUCGAAUGCAUCAUUGACUUCCUCAAUAUGUUUGGAUAAUGUAUCAAUGCAACCGCAAUCGCCAUCGCCAAUAUACCAACAGAAAAUCUUGCAGCAGCAAUAUUCCCAUAGUUCCUAUCAACUACCGUCACGACCAUCCCAUUUAGUAAUGAAUGGCAUUAGUAGUGGUAGUGAUAUAUCUAGUGGAACCAACUCACCUGUAUUAUCAUCAUCAUCAUCAUCAUCAUCAUCGAACGUUUCCACUCAGCAAUCUCUGACGCCGUCAAUUGGCGUCAACUUACGUGUAACCGGUCAGUGUAGUCAAGGUGGCCGCAAAUAUAUGGAAGACUACUUUUCAGUCGCCUAUCAACAAUCUGAGAAUGCUAAAGAUUUGGAAUAUGCUUUCAUAGGAAUCUACGAUGGUCAUGGGGGUGCCGAAGCGGCUACAUUCGCUAAAGAGCAUCUCAUGAUGGAGAUAAUCAAACAGAAAUUAUUCUGGUCCGAUUCAGAUCAAGAUAUAUUGCGAGCCAUCCGGGAAGGUUAUAUAGCAACACAUUAUUCUAUGUGGAGGGAACAAGAAAAAUGGCCUAAAACUGCUAAUGGUUUGCCAAGUACUGCAGGCACGACAGCCACUAUAGCCUUUAUAAGACGUGAAAAAAUUUACAUUGGUCAUGUAGGCGAUUCGGGCAUAGUAUUGGGCUAUCAGAACGAUCAUGAGAAUUUCUGGAGAGCUAAACAGCUAACUGUAGACCAUAAGCCGGAGUCUUUGGAAGAGAGGACACGUAUAAUGAAAUCAGGCGGAAAAGUGGUUGUAAAGUCAGGUGUACCCAGAGUUGUGUGGAACAGGCCAAGGAAUGCAAAUCAUCGUGGGCCGAUACGUAAAAAGACACUGAUCGAUGAAAUACCCUUUUUGGCGGUGGCUCGCAGCCUUGGGGAUUUGUGGAGCUAUAAUUCCGAAAACGAUGAGUUCGUGGUUAGUCCGGAUCCCGAUGUUAAAGUUAUCCCCAUCGAUUCGCAAACGUUCCGCUGUUUGAUUUUCGGUACUGAUGGAUUAUGGAAUGUAGUGUCCGCUCAGGAAGCUGUAAAUUUGGUGCGAGAAAAAGAAGUAAUUAAUGAGAGAUUACAAGCACAACAUGGUGAUGCACCAAACGAAGGUGUACAAUGGACAAAUCCUAGCAAAUCUUUGGUAGAAAAAGCUUUAAAGACCUGGUCUGCUAAAAAAAUGAGAGCAGACAAUACGUCAGUAGUUACUGUUAUUUUAUAUCCACCAGGCAAAGGAGUGCACAAUCAUGCUGAUGACGCAAUUGGCAUAAGACGAGAAAUCUGCACACUGACCACCGCACCCAUGUUGAUGAAACCGAUGUACAGUAUUGAGCAGGCCGAGAUUAACGCUGAUGUAACGUCAUGUGAUGACGCAACCACUUAUAAAGAAAUGGCCAUGAAGCAUUUGCCACCGAUAGAAUAUCGUAAUUUUGACUAUUAUGCUGAAGACUCGGAGGGUGAAAAUGAAAUUGUCGAAACCGACGAAACUGAGACUGAAGAUUUCGAAUUGUUGCCAAAAUUGUCAACGAUUGCACAAUCUCACGAUUAUCCUGCUGAUGCUAACACAUGGAGUUGGCAAUCAACAUCAUUCGCUACAGAACAUGUGGCGCAAAUGCAAGAGGAAUCUGACGAAGAAAUGAACAAAGAGGAACACGAAGUGUCUGUAAUAAACUACCAAAAUUAUUUGCAUCACGAUAACGAAAAUGCUAAUGCUGAGGACAGUUAUCUUAAUAGUUUCUCGCAAUCCUAUAGUACACUUUUACAAUAUGGGGAGCGCAUGGAAGAGGGUGAGAUGGAGUCCGUAGAAGCUGUGGAAGAUUGUAAUUCAUCUUGGUCUAUAACAAGUGUAACCGGUAGUCACAUAAUUGAUAGCCCUACGUCAAGUAAUUCAGGCCUAUCAAGACCCGAUAUGCAUGAAAUAAUUAAAGAGCAACAGCUCUAUCAGGCACAAUGUAUGAGUCAAGAAGAAGGCUAUUCACUGACUAAAUUGGAAACCAGACGAGAACAGCAGGGAUGCAAAACACAUGAAACUGGAGUGCAGACUUUGAGUAUUGUUCGCCAUCAAACCACCCAAAUGCCAGAUGAAGUAGAAACGUAUACAACUCGAACACAGCCGUCUAUUCAGCAAGUACUCUUUCAUUUGCCUUCCACUUCUUAUGUAACUACGUUACAGCAAAAGCCUUUGGAGUUUCACUCUUUAUUACAGCAGGAGCGUGAAGAGGAACAACUAGUGGCACUCGAGCGACAGCAAAUGUUAAAGUUGUCGGAGCAAAAUAUCGCGGAAUAUUCCUGCUUACAGGCCUUAUCGCACAAUGUAACAUCUUUAAACCAGGCGCCUAGUCAGUUACACAAGGCAUAUAAGGAAACGCCUUUGGUCGAAGAAUAUCUAGAUGAACACGAUGAAUUCCCAUCGGGUACCAGCGAUGCUGAUACAUCAGUUCAAAUUCAUGAAGUUUCUUCUUCAAAUUGUAGCGAAGUCUCAGAUAUCGAUUCUAGUUCUGAAAAAGAUAUCGCUUUGGAAGAAACCGAUGAAGAAGCUUCAGAUUCAUGUAGUAGCCGUGAAAUCAUGCCAGAAGUUAAUGUCACGCCUGAAAAGCAUACAUCAGUCCGAAAUAAGAGGCCUCUUAUUGCAGUAAAAAAUAUUUUGUUAAUAAAAAAUUCCAAAUCUUCCCAAUGUGUCCCCAAUCAAACCAAAUACGAUUUACUUAAAGUUCAGGGCAUCACACGUGAACGUUUGCGCUCACGUACCUUUUAUCCCAACCGACCUAAUGAAAAUCUAAAGAGAAUCUCAUCCAAACAUUCCUCGUGCAAUCUAUUGAAAUCUUCAUCAAAUCUCCGCAAAACUUUUAACUCAUCCAACACCGCCACUAAUAAAGCGCAAAAUUUCCACGCAUCAGACAAUUCAACGCCCAAGAUUGAAAUUAAACGUGAACUACGUAGCAAUAGUACAAAGAGUUCCGAAGAUUAUGUUGAUUAUUCUAAGCGUACGUUAAGGGCACGAAACACAAUGGCUAAAGAUAUGAAAGCUAAGGCGGCUUUAGUGGCAGCCGCACUUAAAUAUCCUAAUAAUGCAGUUUCUAGGGACUUUUUACGCAGUGCUGCAGCUACUUUCCGUGGUAACAAGAAUGUGCUGAUAAGCGAUUAUCCUUGUACACCGUCGACCAAUCGUCGAGCGCUGACUAUCGCAAAUCCGAUACGUAAUAAAACCCAUAAGCAAACAGGACAACCAGCGCCUUCAUUAACCAAAGUACCUCCUCAUCCGCCUGUUCAUGCACUGAAUUUACGUUCUCGUCAAGUGACAAUGCAGGACAAUAAGACCAAAAUAACGCCGCUCAGUACAAAUCGUUCAACGGCUUCCGUAACAACGGCCGCCUUGCGUCAGUCUACAAAACCAUUGCUAAAACAUGUAUCGUUUAGCGAGCGUCGAACCCUACGAAGCAUGCUUAGGAACGAUGCAUCAAAAAGUUCUAUUACGGACACCAGUUCCUCCACAAUUGCAACUAGUUUUAGUAAAUCGACCAGAUCACAAAGCAUUGGAAGUAAUUUGGCGGCUCCGCCACCUUCGCCUAAAUUAAUGAAUGCUGCUGCGGCUGUGGCAGCAGCUACACGAGCACGGUGUCUACUAUCAGCUAAAAAGGCAGCUGAAGUUAACGGUACUCAACCAGUACUGAAAACUAUAUUCGGUAAACGCACUUCUCCACGUGUUAGCACUGGCGUAUCGAACAGUCCAUCAUUAAGCCCAGUAGUUAACAACAAAUCAGAGAAAUUGAGUACAGUGCCUGAUCAUACUUUAAGAGGUCGCGUUGUAAAAAGAUUAAAACGAUAAAUACUUAAACAUUUAUUGAAUAUGAACGGGAAAGGGUGAGAACAAUAUAAGAAAUGUAUAUAAAGGCUGAAAGAGUAUAAAAAGAGAGAGAGAGAGAGAGAGAGAGAGAGAGAGAGAGAGAGAGAGAGGCGAAAUUAAGUAGAGUGACUUUGCGACGAUAAGCUUAAAACACUUGAAAUGGAGGACUGAAAAGACUUAUGUAUAGUAACGAGUUCAAAGUUAGUCAAGAGGAAGCUUUACGUGUUUAUGCUAAGUUUUGGCUUUAAUUUAAAAUUUAAAAUUUGGAAUUGUUCAAGAAUUUUAGGGUUUAAAGCCUCUUAAAAACAGUUUUGCAAACUUUUAUUAUAGUAAAAAAAAUGUUGAAAAGUUUUCAAAACUAAAAUACGACGAAAAUCUACUAAGAGAAACAAACAACUGAAGAGCUUAUAAGAAUGUAAAUAUAUAAAAGUCGUCUGUGACAGCAGGUAUAUUCUUCUUUCCAAGCUUUUCUAGUUAUCAAGCUUUUAAUAAUUUCCUUUUCCUUUUUCUUUUCUUUUAUUUAUUUGUCUUUAUUUUUAUUUUUUUUUUUUUUUUUUGGUUUUUCUUUCUGUAUGGAGACUUGACACUUCCUUAAUUGUAUUCAAAAAAUUUCGCUUUUCAGACGUUUGACUUCUUUAGUCAGGAAAAUUUCGAAAUUUUUUAAAAUUUACCUUUAAUACAUUAAAAUUCUCUAGGAAAACUUAAUUUUCAAAUUAUCUAAAUUUUCAUAGACUUAAGACAGACAUUAAGGAACGUAAGACAGCAUCGGGAUAACUAGAAAGUUUGUUAGUAAUAAAUUUAAAAAUGUUUUUGAAGAAAAAUUAUUAUUAAACGAAAUAAACUUUUUAGUUAGACCUAAAAUUGUCAUUAAAUUUUAAAAUCUUCAUAUUUUCAAGUAUCGACAAGGUAGUGCUUUCCAAAUUCUAAAUUUUAAUAUGUUAUAAUUCUAUUUUCAUUUCAAUACAAAGUUUAAAAAUUCGAGUUUUCAAAAUUUUCAAGCUUAUUGUGCGAUUAGAUGCUUUAUGAUGUCAAAUUAAACGUUCGUCGAUCAUUUUGAUUGAUAGGCAUUUGAAUAACAUGGAGCUUUUAAUUUUUUUUUCUCUCCUUUUAAUAUAAUGAAAAAGAAAGCUCUGUAAAUUUUAUUUGGCCG